UCUCUCUCUCUCUCACCUUCUCUCUAGAAACAGCAUGUGAAACACUUUUAACACAUUCUUCACUCAUCUCUUUUAUAGAACAUAUAAUUGGAAGAAUGACGAAGGUAAGUCCUGAAGUUGACGACGAGACACAAACUCAAGCUGUUCUGUCAGUAUCAGCAGAUGUGAGCUUUGCGUCAAAUCAGUUCCCAAAAUAUAAAUUAGGUCCUGAUAAUCAGAUUCUGGAUGAAGCAACAGUGGAUAGUAAGGGUCCUCCAUUGAAAGAGGUGGUGGCACAAGAAACCGAGCAGCUGUCUGAGCAACAUAGACGUCUCUCCGUCCGUGACCUGGCGAGUAAAUUUGACAAAAAUUUGUCUGCUGCAGCCAAGUUGUCUGAUGAGGCCAAACUCAGGGAGGUGGCUUCCUUAGAGGGUCAUGUACUUUUGAAGAAACUCAGAGAUGCUUUGGAAUACUUAAGAGGACGAUUAGGUGGUCGAAACAAGGAAGAUGUUGAAAAAGCUAUUUCUAUGGUGGAAGCGAUGGCAGUAAAAUUGACUCAAAAUGAAGGGGAGUUGAUACAGGAGAAGUUUGAAGUAAAGAAGCUUGCAAACUUCCUCAAACAGGCUUCGGAAGAUGCUAAAAAGCUGGUAAACCAAGAAAGGUCUUUUGCUUGUGCAGAAAUUGAGAGUGCCAAAGCAGUAGUACGAAGAAUUGGGGAGGCUCUUGAUGAGCAAGAAAGGGUAUCACUAACAUCAGGAAAGCAGGAAAUGGAGGAGAUGAUGGAGGAAAUCCAGCAGGCUAGAAGAAUUAGGUUGUUGCAUCACCCCUGCAAGGUGAUGGACAUGGAGCAUGAACUUCGAGCCUUGAGGAGCCAAAUCCAAGAGAAGUCUGCAUUCGCAGUAAAGCUUCAGCAAGAGCUAAUGCUGAAGAAAUGGGCUGAGGAGAACAAGUUAAGCUUAUAUGCAUUAGGAGAUUCUGGAAAUUUGGGCUCCAUCAUACGACUUCAACCAUGCUCGGAAGAAGCCAUGGAGCUCUCAAAAUGUUCAAUUCAGUGGUAUCGCUUAUCAUCACAAUGUAGCAGAAGGGAGCUUAUUUCAGGUGCUAACAAAUCAGUGUAUGCUCCGGAGCCCAUUGAUGUUGGACGGAUUUUGCAAGUAGAUAUUAUCUCAAAUGGCCAAAAAUCUACCGUGACGACAGCUUGUCCUGUUCAGCCUGCUGUUGGAUUGGAGGGUUACGUGGAAACGCUAUCACAGAAAAGCAAUUCCGAGUUCAGUGUGGUAAUCUCCCAGAUGAAUGGACGGAAUUAUUCGUCACAUUCUGCCCAUUUGUUACGUGUGGGAAAAACGAGAAUGAAGCUUUCGAAAGGAUGGAUUACAAAGGCCAGGGACGCGUAUUCCUCUACAUCAAUGCAGAUAUGUGGAUUUAGAGGGGGCGGGAAUCUUGCUGCUAAAUCAUUGUUUUGGCAAUCAAGAAAAGGGCAAUCUUUCGUAUUGGUGUUUGAGUCAGAACGAGAAAGAAAUGCAGCCAUUGUCCUAGCCCGAAGAUACGCUCUUGAUUGCAAUGUGGUGCUGGCUGGACCAGAUGAUCAAGCAUCACUUUACCUUCUGUGACUUCACUAAUGCAACUGAUAACCAGGUUUCCAAAUUGAGAUUUGAUUAUUUCAUUUUUUUUCACUUCUAAUUUUUUGUGUGUUUUUUCCUAUCUUCUUGGGCGUGUUUCUACUAAUGUGAUGGUUCGUUUGUGCAUCCUUUAUAGGCAUAGUUUUGGUUUGCCUGUUCCUCGGUUGUAACAAUUUUUUUUAUUUUAUAUACCGAGUCGUCGUUGGUUUGCACCUUAUUUACAUUUCUAAUAACGGUUUUAGCCUGUC